UCUAUUCUAGCCUAUUCUAUUCUCCCGUCCACGCCCAUACCAUAUUUCGUUCUUUCCUUCCCCGUCCUCCCCGUUUGCCUUGCGGCGAGAGAAGAGAGCGACAUUAGCGGUUGCUGGGUGUGUGCGUGAGAGAGAGAAGAUGUCGUACCUUCUGCCGCAUCUGCACUCAGGGUGGGCAGUGGAUCAGGCCAUCCUGGCCGAGGAGGAGCGCCUCGUCAUCAUCCGCUUCGGCCACGACUGGGACGAAACUUGCAUGCAGGGAAAGACCCGGCCGACCCGCCCAGGGCUCGAGGACACGCCAUGUAUGGAUGAAGUGCUGGCUUCAGUUGCGGAGACCAUAAAGAACUUUGCGGUGAUAUACCUGGUUGACAUCACAGAGGUACCUGACUUUAACACCAUGUAUGAGCUUUAUGACCCCUCAACGGUGAUGUUCUUUUUCCGGAACAAGCACAUCAUGAUUGAUCUUGGGACGGGAAACAACAACAAGAUCAACUGGGCCCUUAAGGAUAAGCAGGAGUUCAUUGACAUUGUUGAGACAGUCUAUAGGGGUGCCAGGAAAGGGCGUGGUUUGGUGAUUGCUCCCAAGGAUUACUCCACCAAGUAUCGCUACUGAAUGGAUGAUUUCUGUGAAAGGUUAUCAGACUGGCAGCUUGACCAGUACUUUAUGAAACUAUAUUCUGUAUUGCGUUAUAAUUACCCAAACUGCUUGAUAUAGAAUGCUGGAAUGGGUAACAUACUUGCUCUUUUAUAAUUUAACCGAGUUACAGUCUGGGGACUUUGUGUGAAUUGCAUCAUGUAUUCAGUAACCCCGUCAACUGUAUGGUUACAGGUAACCAGGUUUGAUUAUUAUUUUUUUUUGUCUUUUUUUUA